CAAACUAUAAGAACCACAUAUUUACAACAUGAUUUUCCCAAUAUCCUUUCUCAAAUCUUAAUUUGCCAUUCAUUGUGAAGUUGCAAAAAAAUAUAAAAUGAAUACUCCCAAAGCUCAUUGCUUGAUCUUGCCAUAUCCAGUUCAAGGUCAUAUCAACCCAAUGCUCCAAUUCUCCAAACGUUUACAAUCCAAAUGUGUCAAAAUCACUAUAGCACCUACAAAAUCCUUCUUAAAAAACAUGAAAGAAUUGCCAACUUCAGUGUCAAUCGAGGCCAUAUCUGAUGGCUACGACGAUGAUGGCAUCAACCAAGCAAAAACAUACGAGGCCUACCUAACACGAUUCAAAGAAGUUGGCUCGGAUACUCUGUCUCAGCUUAUUCAAAAAUUGACAAAUAGUGGAUGCCCUGUAAAUUGCAUAGUAUAUGAUCCAUUCCUCCCUUGGGCUGUUGAAGUUGCAAAGAAUUUUGGAUUAGUAAGUGCUGCAUUUUUCACACAAAAUUGUGUAGUGGAUAGCAUUUAUUACCAUGUUCAUAAAGGGGUGAUAAAACUUCCACCUACUCAACAUGAUGCAAAAAUAUUAAUUCCUGGAUUAUCAUGUACAAUUGAGAGUUCAGAUGUGCCUAGUUUUGAGUCAAGUCCUGAAUCAGAUAAAUUAGUUGAACUAUUGGUGAAUCAAUUCUCAAAUCUUGAGAAAACUGAUUGGGUACUAAUCAACAGCUUUUAUGAAUUGGAGAAAGAGGUAAUUGAUUGGAUGUCCAAGAUAUAUCCAAUAAAGACAAUUGGACCAACAAUACCAUCAAUGUACUUAGACAAGAGACUACAUGAUGACAAAGAGUAUGGUCUUAGUAUCUUCAAACCAAUGACAAAUGAAUGCCUAAAUUGGUUAAAUCAUCAACCAAUUAGCUCAGUGGUGUAUGUAUCAUUUGGAAGUUUAGCCAUAGUAGAAGCUGAGCAAAUGGAAGAAUUGGCAUGGGGUUUGAAGAAUAGCAACAAGAGGUUCUUGUGGGUAGUUAGGUCCUCUGAAGAACCCAAACUUCCCAAGAACUUUUUAGAGGAAUUAACAAGUGAAAAAGGUUUAGUGGUGUCAUGGUGUCCACAAUUACAAGUGUUGGAACAUGAAUCAAUAGGGUGUUUUCUAACGCACUGUGGGUGGAAUUCGACUCUGGAAGCAAUUUGUUUGGGAGUGCCAAUGGUGAUAAUGCCACAAUGGUCAGAUCAGCCCACAAAUACAAAGCUUGUGCAAGAUGUUUGGGAGAUGGGAGUUAGAGCCAAACAAGAUGACAAAGGGAUAGUUAGAAGAGAUGUUAUACAAGAAUGUAUAAAGCUAGUGAUGGAAGAAGAUAAAGGAAAAGUCAUUAGGGAAAAUGCAAAGAUAUGGAAGGAAUUGGCUAGAAAUGCUAUGGGCGAAGGUGGAAGUUCAGAUAAAAACAUUGAAGAAUUUGUUUCCAAGUUGGUUACUAUUUCUCCUAAGUAGAAAAAUAAACAAGUGUAUUUUGCUUAAUUGUAAUAUUCUCUAUUGAUGGUAUAAAUUGAUGGUCAAUGGGUCAUUUCCUGCCUAUUUUCUAAGACUAUGGUAUAAAUUGAUGAUAUGUAAAUAAUUAUUUUAUUGUUUUUGCAAUCAA